AUGAGUGUGAGAGAGAAUGAAAACCCUUCGCCGGCACUGACGUUGGAGGAGCAUGAUGCUUUGGAUAGGAGUCACAAGAAAGUGAGGGCUGGAGAGACUAUAUUCUCGCUGGAGCAACGAUUGGUUCCUAGGGUUGAAGAGUGGAUGACAGAUGAUAAUCAAGCAAGAGCUACUGAAUCGGAUAAGGGCAAAACUCCAUCAACAGCUAGCACGACAUGGAAAUCUUUCAAGGAGGCAGUCACGAAGGAAAUAACGAUGGAGGAGGAAGAAGAGGAUUGGUGGAGUAAUGACCGGCGGAAGGAGCGAAUCUCGGUUUCUAUGACGGUGAACGGACCUAACAUGAUUAUACUACCGCAAGAAAAAGAAAGGCUAGCUUUGCGAUGGCAGAAUACGCUGAUUGUCAAGUUGCUGGGCAGAAUGAUCAAUCCCGACUACUUUGAAAAUAAACUGAAACAAUUGUGGGCAAAGCAAGGUGACAUUGACUCAAUAGAUGUGGGGUCUGGUUUCUUUGCGGUGAAAUUUUCUAAUGCUUCUGAUUAUGAAUUGGCGUUAACCGGAGGGUUGUGGUUAUUGUUUGAUCACUAUAUCGCAGUUCAACCUUGGAAACUAGAUUUUGAUCCAGAUGAGGAACAAGUUUCAAAGAUUGCAGCUUGGAUUCGUAUUCCCAAGUUGGCCCUAGACUACUACGACAGAGGCAUCCUCCACGUACUGGGCAACCAAGUGGGAAAAGUAUUAAAAGUUGACACGGCAACUCAUAAAAGAAAGAAGGGGAGAUUUGCAAGAAUAUGUGUUGAACUUGACUUGAGUGCACCCUUGCGGUCAAUGGUUCUCAUUAAUGGUGAGGUGCAUAGAAUUCAGUAUGAAGGCAUCCAUCUCAUCUGUUUUAGCUGCGGAAGAUAUAGCCAUGAUAAAGACCUCUGUCCGCAGAAGAGAGUUGAGGUCCCAGAAGCGAAAAUCAUAGUACCCAAAACGACUCAGAUAGAUCCAGCAAGUGCAGGAAAUUCAGAAGAAUCAUAUGCGAUGACUUCAGAAAUAAAAAAGGAGAAAGCAGCACGGCGACAGGUGCACCUACGGCGGUUUACGACUCUUGGAUGGUGGUCCAGAGGCCAAGGAGACAACGACGAUCAGAACAGCUGA